UUUUGACACAGCUUAGGGUCCUCCAUUUGCUUGGCCUCACCCUAUGGCAGGAAGCAAACAAACCUGCCUUGAAGGAAUAGAAAGUGAAACUCCUUCCUGUGGAGAAAAAGUUUCUGUCUCUCAAGUGUGAAACUGUAGUAGGCUUUGGUCUUCUCUGAAGAUGUGAAGCGAGAAGGUUGUGGAGGUGCACAAGAAGAGAUCUUGCAGAAGUCAAAGGAUCCCUCUCUUCCAUCCAAGGAAGCCAGGACAAGGGAGUGGCAUCAGAAGAGAGGCUCAUAGAGGGCUUCCCAGCCCACUGGAGUGCAAUGGAGAAGGGCAAGGUGGGCGAUGCAGUGUCUGUUCCAGUGCUGAGAAGCACAAGGCAACUGGAGGCCCACGCUAGAGGCAAACAAAGUGGUCAGAGGUCUGGAAGGCGCCCUGAAGGAUCUUGUGACACCACUGAAACUUUGUACGUCACUUCUGUGGAGCAGAAGCUGUGGGAGCAGCUUGUGGGGAUCCUGUCUCCGACACUUUGGGAGGUGAAGGCUUCUGGGAGGCUCCAAGGAAAGUCCGGGGUCAUCUCUCUUUCUGGCUCCCGAGAGGCCGUUUUGAGAGCCAGGGAGGUCAUCAGUAAACUUCUCAUCAUGGUGGGCUCCUUGGUCAAAAUCAACCAGGUGCCCCUUCCACAAACUGAGCAGAGAGCAGCUGGGUUUUUCCACCUCGGCAAGGGAAUCCAUCUUUUUCUCUGGGAAGGAGCAGCUUCUAGAUUCAGGGUGGAUGCUGUGGUGACGAUCAGCAGCAAGGAAGACCUAGGCUGUGGCAAUGCUGUGUUUGCUCAGAGGGUGCAGAGCCCCCACGGUUCUCCCUGCAUUAAUUUCAACGUUUUCCUUUCACGCCCACAAAUGGUGGAACUCGGAGUGGGUGCGGUGAAAUUGGUGCUGGAGGCUGCCUCCCAGAAAGGUCUCCAGUCUUUGGUGGUGUCCUACACAGAUCCCGUUCCCUCCACCUGUCAAGCAGAGGCCAUGGCUGUCGGAAUUGAAGACUUCAAGAGAGACCAUCCUACUUCCCCCUUGAAGACCAUUCACUUUGUGUCCAGCGACAGAGACGCCGUGGCCAUGUUCCACAAGGAGUGCGAGGAGCGCUGGCGGCUAGGAGCCAGUCAUCAGAGUCAGUUGAGAAAUAUGCUGUUGUCAUUGGAAGAUGUCAAGACUGAGAUAGUUGCUGGUUACUGCGCAAAGCAAAAAACAGAUGUGGCAGUCCUUCCCCUGAUCCUGGAGUCGGAUGGGAUCAGCUGGGGCCCAGUCUCCCUUGCUAUCACCCAGAAGGCUUUGAAGGCUGUCCCCCAAGCAAUGAACCUGCAGCCGGAAGAGAUCCUUUCAGUGACGGCCUCUGCCUUCCCCGAGUUUGAUUGUAGAGUAUUGUACAUGGUGCGGCUCAAAGGGUCUCAGUUGAGGCCUGAAGUUACUCUUGAGCAAGCUAUUCGCAAAAUGGUUCGGAGCUGCCUCUCUGCCUUCUAUGGGUCCUUCCAGGAGUCCAUUUCAUUCCCUCUCAUAGAGUCAGCAGACCCUGGCCUGGCAGUCAAAGGGCAGUGGUUGCUCAUUAUGCUGGAGGAGAUUGACUGCUUUCUGAAAGAAUUCCCCAACACCUGGAUGAAGCUGGUGCAAAUUGUCCAUCUGCCAGGGUGGAGUGCCCCUUGCCAGGUGGGAGACUGCAUCACUUCUCCUGUAGAACUUGUGGGUGUCUGUCAUCUAGAGGACCCACUUUUCCUCCAGUACCUGAAGGACAGUCCAGAUGCCUUUCAUGAGUUCCAAAUGCAACUGAAGGAGGUCAAUUGUGCCAUCCAGAUGUUCUUGUCUUGGGGAAUUUUGAUGUUCCGUGCCAUGGGUGCGUCUGUGGAGCUGUACGACUUGGGAAUGGUAUUCCAGUCUGUGCGAGGAAAGUAUUUGAUGCAUUGCGAGACCAGGAAAGAGGUGAUGGAAGCUCUCCUUGAGCAGCAGACCCUAGUGAAAGAGUUCAAAUCCAUGAGGAUCUUCUUCAAGGACAGAAUGUGGUUCGUGGGCCCGUGUGAUGAGAUGGCCUCUUUCUUGCACUGCCUUGCCCGAGUGGCCUUCCAGAGACAGCUGGUGAGCUGGGAAUGCCCAGCCGAACCCCAGUGCAGGAGCACCAUUGCCAAAGAUGUUGUGGUUCAGGAGAUUCUCCAGUCCGGCACUUUUGUAACUGUUGAAAUUCUCGCUAAUGCUCCAGCAACCAUCAGAUUUGGGGGCCGCCGUCAGAGAGUGGAGGAAGCAGAAAGACGCUUUAAAGAGCUGCUGAGCAGCUUCCAAGUUCUACCGGUCCCUCUGUCAAGCUUCCAGUCUCAGUUUGUCAAGGCCCAGUGGGGCAACCUCUUCCACAGUUGCUUCUUUUUAGAACAGGGCAUUCCUUCCGUGUUGGAGAUCUCUGAAGAUGUCCAAGUGGCUGGCCUGGACUUGAGUAAAAUGAAGGAAGCGGAAGAGCUCAUUACAAAGCAUGUGUGUGAGAGAACAGUAGAGAUAGCCGAGGAGGUGAAAUGGGCCACCGUGUGUGAGGACUGGAAGCAACUCCUGCACAGGUUGGGAUCACACAGAGAAAUAGCUCUUCAUGAGACUGUGUCCAUCCAGGUGACGGUCGUUGGCAUCUGUCCUCGCGUCACGCAGGUGGUGCAAUCUAUCCAGGAGUAUCUGUGGGACAAUUCUCCAGUAGAAGAAACAAUAACAUUUGGCAGACCAGAGUUAGUUGCACUCCAGCAAAAUCUCUUCCGUAUAAUGAGCUGGGAACAUCUCGAAGUGAGCAUCCAGGUCCUACCCAACAGCCAGAUUUUGAUUCUGCAGGUAAGCGGCAUCCGAAAGUCUGUGCAGAAAGCCAUACCAGUUAUCAAGAAAUACUUGGAUUCCCUUGUGGUUUGUAAGAUGUCUUUGAAGAAGGAAUCUCUGAAAAAAUACUUCUUUGGGCCUGGAGCAGGUCUGCUGCAAGAAAUAGCCCUCCGGCAGCAAUGUGUUGCCACGAUCGAGAAACAAGAGACCUAUGACUCUUCUGACGGAGUGACCAAUACUAAUGGCAGUGAACGGCGGAUAUUGGUUAAGAGCUGUCCAUGGGCGAUUCAUGCACUGGGCAGAGAGGAGCAUGUGGCCUUAUGGAAACAAAAAAUGGUUGGUUUCGUUGUCAAGUUCCGUGAAAGAAUAAUCUGCUCUAAUGCAAUAGCAACCUUCAGUGACCAGUUCCUCAAAGAACUCUGCAGUAGCACAUCACAUAAGUUUCCCAUUGACUUCCAUCGUCUGAGGGAUGAUGAGCUUCAAGUUUGUGGCUUCCAGGAAGAUGUGGAGAACAUCAUGGAAGCUAUUCAUGCAGAGAUCGAGGAAUACCAGGCUGAGUGGAUAGAAGUCACGGCUCAGUACAAGACAGUGCCACGCACCGUCGUUGAAGAAUUUUUGCUUCAUGGGAUGCUCCCAUCCAGACCGCCUGCAAAGUCAGAAAUCCUUGCUGAAAAUCCGCCAACUGUCAUAUUCAGGGGCCCCCGUCAAAAUGUGGUAGAACUGGAGAGCGUUUUUAAGGAGCUCCUUAGCGGCUUCCAGGUUCUGCCGGUCUCUCUGUCGCAUCUGCAGUCACAGUUUGUCAAGGCCCAGUGGGGCAGCCUCUUCCACAAGAACUUCUUCUUGGAGCAGGGCAUCGCUGCCCUGUUGGAGAUCUCUGGGACUAUCCAGGUUUCUGGACUGGACUUGGGUGCCAUGAAGAAAGCGCAAGAGCUCAUUGUGAGCCACGUGUGUGAGAAGACGAUGGAGAUCGCUGAGGAGGUGAAGUGGGCCACUGAGUGUGAGGACUGGCUGGAGCUGCUACACAAGUUGGAGUCACACCAGGCAGUAGCUCUUCACAAUGCUCCAUCUAGCUUGGUGUUCAUGGUUGGUAUCCGUCCCCAUAUCACUCAAUUAGAGCAAUCUAUUAAGGAAUACCUGAAAGACCAUUCUCAAGUGAAUGAAAGGCUGAAUUUCACCAGACCAGAACUUGCUUUAGCUGGGGAGAAUCUCCUCCACGUAAUGGACUGGGAUCAUCUUGAAGUGGACAUCCGGGUCCAGUCCGACAGCAAGAUCUUAUCCCUGAAGGUGAGCGGCAUCCACAAAUUUGUGCAGAAAGCCAUACCGGCCAUCAAAAAGGACUUGGACAUCCUAGUACUUGGUAAGCUGCCGCUGAAGAGGGUGGCUCUACGUGAAUACUUCUCUGGGGCUGGAGCGAGAAUGCUGAAGAAAAUGGCCCAAGAGCAACAUUGUGUUGCAAGGCUGGAAAGGCAGAAGAGCCCCAGCUGUAGUGAUGGAGCCGCCAAUAGCAAUGGAAGUGGGGAGCAAGGUUUGGCUGAGGUCUGCUGUGCUGUGAUCCAUGCAGUUGGUAGACAGAGUGACGUGACCUCAUUCAAGCAAGAUGUGGCCAAUUUCAUUGCUAAGUUCCAUGAAGAAACUGUCUGUAGUGCAGAGAUACCGUCUUUCAGCAAUGAGGUCCUCAGUGAACUCUGCAAAAAUACACCACACCAGUUUCCGGUUGCUCUCCAUCACCUGAGAAAGAAGGUCAUCCAGGUUUGUGGUUCUCAAGAGGAUGUCAAAAAUGCGCUGGAAGCCAUUUAUGCUAAGAUAGAAGAAGCUGCUCAUGCAAAGAUCGAGAGAGACCAUGGGGAAUGGCUGGAGUCCAAGGUUCUGUAUGAGAAGGUCCAGUGGCACCACAUGACUGAUGCUGGCUGGUCCACCUGUGACAUGGCUACUAACCAUCACCUGGAGAAGGCAUAUCAGAAGAAGGAAAUGAAGACACAGUUACAGUGGAAGGGACAGAAAAUUGAGAUAAAUUUGCUCAAGAAUGAGGCUUUUGUGCCGAGCCGUGGGACAACAUUCAAAUUAAGGAGGGAUAUUUGCUUGUGGGACAAGAAUAUUGCUCCACACUGGGAAGCUAUGGAUCAAUGUCUGGUAAAGAAAGUGGAACUCCAAAGAAGCUCGGAAGAAUAUCAGGACGUUGUAAAGAAUUUCAGUCGUAGUGGCAGUGGCUUCACAAUACUAAAAGUGGAGAGAAUCCAGAAUCCCUAUCUGUGGGUAUCUUACUGCUGCAAACGCAGCUGGAUGGAGAAGAAAAACCCAGAAGGGGUGCAGAAUGAGCGCAUCCUUUACCACGGGGCCCUGCCCGAGAACUGGCAUUUCAUCCAAGAGACUGGUUUCAAGAGCACCUUCCAGAGGGGUCUCUACGGCCAGGGAAUUUAUUUUGCAGAGGACGCUGGCCGUUCUGCAUUCUCCACCAAGCCCGAUUCUCGUGGGCACCGGUUUAUGUUCCAGGCUCGCGUCCUGGUUGGGGAGUACAGCCAAGGGGAAGAAAAGAUGGCCUUCCCACCGAUGAAGCCGAGGGGGAAGGGCUGGUAUGACAGUCUGGUGGACGUUCUCAACAAGCCGACUCUCUUUGUGACUUUUUUUGAUGACCACGCCUACCCCGAAUACCUGAUCACUUUCUGUGGGUCGUGACCCUGAAAGCAACUAUGCAGGAGCAGAAGGAGCAAGACUGGACGCAAACACGGCUUUAUACUGAACUCAGGGUUCAAAAGGUGGAAAUCCCAGGCUGGAACCUGGAAAGGCUUUUAUUUUGUGUGUUUUGUUCAGGGGGUUCAGUGGGGAGAGAAGAAUUAAUACCUCUCAACUAUUAAAGAAGAAAUAGUGUGGAGAAUCCAGGUGUGUCUUUUUAAACCAGAUUUUAUUGUGCUUGUUUGUCACUGAACAUGGAGCCAAACAGGUCUCCCACCUGUGGUCUGUGGAUUGCUAUCUCCCCUUUCUUUGAGGACUGAGGGCCAAGCUAGAUGAGCAAGUUUUUAAUGAGUUGUGUCUGGGUUCUCCAGACUUCUCAGGUUUCCACUGCCAUACAGCAGUUAAAAAAUAAAUGGAUGUUAAAAAAUAAAAGAAAGCCUAAAUGGCCUCAGAAUGCCUCUGCGAAGGAAGGAGGGUCUCCUCCCUCCCCUUUAAAACCAUUUCUCCACGUCACAAUAGCACAGGAGGAGUCCUCCCAGCUCGGUUUUUACUGUUCUACGCCCACAGAAUACUCCACAUGGAGUAGAAAAAACAGGAAAAAACUCCCUCCCCUGCCAUUUUGACAGGGGGAAUGGGCUUGAGGGGGGUGGGGGGAGACCCUCCUUCCCCCGUGGGGGCAUUCAGGGUCUCCUUUAGUUUUAACAGCUACUUCCCAAGGCUGAAACAGAAUUGAGUUCCAUUAACUAUGCUUGGGGGGGUGGAUUACUGUCUAGCAGGUCUUCCCGUGUGCCUUUGAAGCUUCUUGCAAGAUUCCCACUUGCUGAUGAAGUGCAACUGUGAGACAGAAAAGUAUUUGCUUUGGCUUUUUUAGCUGAGGGACACACAGGAAUGCGGAUUGUUUCACAAUGACCUUGCAGUGCUCCUGUGGUUUGUGUCUGUGUGUUUCCUGUGAGCCGGUGUGUUCUUUCUGAAGCUCAUUUGAACUCUCUGUCUUUGGUUUUCUUCCCUGUAUGGUUGUAGGCUUGGGGGAAUGGACCGUCGCCCCGACACACACACUUUUUUUUAACCCCUCCUCCCUGUACAGCAGUCCCAGGAACAGUUCUCUUUCCUUUUCCUUUUUCACAAAGGGCCGUCGGGUGCGUUGUGUGUAUGUGUUUGCGUGGAAUGGUUAGCAGCAGAUCCGUGGCACAGAAUAUGGGGCUGAUGAGGGUGGGAGAGGAAAAUCCAGACUGUCCCACCCACCCAGCACCGAUCCAGGCUUUGCAUUGCUGUGAAGAUCUGGGCAAAAUUGGAAGAAAGGGGUCUCCCUGCCUUGGCCAAGGACCCCCUGCCAGUGACCCAUAUCCUGGAUCCUGUAUAGAAAUGUUUGGUGUAGUGGCACAAGCCAGUCUGGUGUAGUGGUCACAAGCAGCGGGACUCUAAUAUGGAGAACCAGGCUUGAUUCUCCUCCGCCUGAAGCCGGCUGGGUGACUUUGGGUCAGUCACAGCUCUCUUAGAGCUCUCUCAGCCCCAUCCGCCUCACAGGGUGUUUGUUGUGGGGUUAAUAACAUACUUUGUAAACUGCUCUGAGUGGAUGUUAAGUCCUGAAGGAUGAUGUAUAAAUCAAAAGUUAUUUAUUAUUAUUAUUAUUAUUAUUAGAAACAAAGGCCAUUGUGCAAAUACAUACAACAGGCUCUAGAAAGCUGAGUCUG